AUGCCCCGUCGCUGGUUUUCCGAUCGGCUCCAUGAUGCCUGGGGGCGCGUGGCGGGUCGCCGUGGACGGCAAAGAGACCAAGGAAGCCAAAGCCCUCAAUACUACGCAGAAAUCGUGGCUACUCCUGACCAGAGCCCGGAUAGGGCCAGCCACCUCCACCUCCGUCGAGGUGCCUCUCUCCCAGAUCUCCUAGCCCGUGCCGCCCUAGAGCGUGUUCCCCCACCGCUUCCUCUUGAUAGCCAAAGCCUUUGGGACACUCCAGCACCUGCCAUUUCUCCUGUUCGGUCCCAGCCAAGUGGCGCUAUCGGGCUCGGAACUUUCCUUGGGGAGUUGGAAAGAGAAGCGUCCCGCUAUGAUCAGCAUUUUAUCCCAACAGCUAUCAUUACGACUCGCAACACGGCGUCCAUCGACCAAGGGACUGGGGGUCAGCCCUGGAUGCUUCCCGGCCAACCAUCUGAGAACCGGAUUGUUCUCGAGUCCGAACAUCGCACGCUUGAGCCAUGCGACUGCUGCAGCCCAAAGUUCUUGUUCGGAGACUGGCGGGCCUUGACUCUCGACCCUCUCACACAUACCUUUACUCGUCACGAAUCUUUGACAUCGUCCUCUGAGCUUCGCGGCCGAGGCGAUCUCAAGUCACAAGACAAAGCAUUCGCGAUCCCCAUCAAUGGGCACCUGCUGCAAACAUACAUUGCCGAAGUUCACAGCGAUGUCUUUGCCCUUCUACUUGAUGUUCUCGUCUCCCCGAACGGACUGAUUGGCCAAGAGGACGAGCUUAACCUCCCGCUGUUGCUUGCCACAUUGUCAUAUACUCUAGACCAAGGCAUGACCCGGGAGACCAGGAAGCUCAAGAGAACUAUUGAUCGAUACAUCCCCCUCCGCAUGUUCCACCAUAAUCCUCAUACCAACUCACCUCGUCUGGAGUUUGAGUACUACGAGUUCCGUUCCGAGGAAGUCUACCGGGCCUGGCUAGUAGUCUCUCAAGAUGGAAGACUCCGUGACUACCUCUCUCCCAGUGAGGUGGUGACUCUUUACGUCUGCUUAGUGCCUAAUUGGUGUUGGUCCGGCUGCAUCCACGACUACAACGAUAAGUUCAUAGAAGACACAAACACUGCCUGGGCCUAUAUCAAGGGCGACCCUGGGAGUCAGUUUGAGCAAGUCUUUCAAAGUUUUUUCAACCGCACACGACUUGGAUUGCAUUCCUGGACUGGAAGCGAUGCCCCUAGUGGUGGAGACUAG